ACAACCGGCAGCCAUGGCCAUGGCCGGGAAUAUGGGUAUGGAACAAUUGAUUCCAAUUGUUAACAAGCUCCAAGAUGCAUUCACACAAUUGGGUGUGCAUAUGCAACUAGACUUACCUCAAAUAGCAGUUGUGGGAGGACAGUCAGCCGGAAAAAGCUCUGUGUUGGAAAAUUUUGUUGGCAGGGAUUUCCUUCCACGAGGCUCCGGCAUAGUAACUCGACGUCCAUUGAUUCUGCAGCUUAUACAUGGAAAUGCAGAAUAUGCGGAGUUCCUGCAUUGCAAAGGCAAGAAGUUCGUCGACUUCAACGAAGUGCGUGCAGAGAUUGAAGCCGAGACAGAUCGUAUUACUGGCUCCAACAAAGGCAUAUCGCCCGUGCCUAUCAAUCUACGAGUAUAUUCGCCAAAUGUGCUCAACUUGACCUUGAUUGAUUUGCCGGGUCUCACGAAGGUACCUAGGGACCAGCCCGUGGAUAUCGAACAACAGAUCAAGGGCAUGAUCUUCCAGUUCAUACGCCGUGAAUCCUGCCUCAUCCUUGCCGUCACGCCAGCCAACACUGACUUGGCUAACAGCGAUGCCUUGAAACUUGCGAAGGAAGUCGACCCUCAAGGUCUUCGCACAAUUGGUGUGAUUACGAAGUUGGACUUGAUGGACGAAGGCACGGACGCGCGCGAUGUCCUCGAGAACAAGCUGUUGCCGCUGCGGCGCGGGUACAUCGGUGUCGUCAACCGCUCACAGAAGGACAUUGAUGGCCGCAAGGACAUCGCCGCCGCCUUGGCCGCUGAGCGAAAGUUCUUCCUUAGCCACCCAUCAUACCGGCACAUGGCGGACCGGCUCGGCACUCCGUACCUCCAGCGCGUGCUCAACCAGCAGCUGACCAACCACAUCCGCGACACGCUGCCCGGCCUCCGAGAUAAGCUUCAGAAACAACUGCUCGCCCUCGAAAAGGAUGUCGACCAGUACAAACACUUUAGACCCGACGAUCCUUCUAUCAAGACUAAGGCUAUGUUGCAAAUGAUCCAAACUUUGCAAACGGACUUUGAACGCACAAUCGAAGGAUCUGGCUCGGCGCAGAUCAAUACUAACGAAUUGUCUGGAGGUGCGAAAAUCAAUCGGUUGUUCCACGAACGAUUCCCAUUCGAAAUCGUUAAGAUGGAGUUUGACGAGAAGGAGCUGCGGAGGGAGAUCGCCUUCGCUAUCAGAAACAUCCACGGUAUUAGGGUGGGUUUGUUCACACCGGACAUGGCGUUUGAGGCUAUCGUAAAGAAACAGAUCGCUCGGCUAAGGAGCCCAGUCUCAAGUGCGUCGACCUCGUCGUGUCUGAAACUGUCCAACGUCGUCCGUAUCUGUACUGAAAGGAUGUCUCGUUACCCCCGGUUGCGUGAAGAGACCGAACGUAUCAUCAUGUCUUAUGUUCGAUCCCGCGAACAAAUGUGCAAGGAUCAACUAGUUCUACUCAUUGACUGUGAACUUGCUUACAUGAACACCAACCACGAGGACUUCAUAGGAUUUGCCAAUGCUCAAAAUCAAUCUGAGAACUCAGCUAAAUCUGGACACCGUGCUUUAGGAAACCAGGUUAUCAGGAAAGGAUACAUGUGCAUACAUAACUUGGGAAUUAUGAAAGGUGGGUCUAAGGACUACUGGUUCGUAUUGACUGCCGAGAGCAUCUCGUGGUUCAAAGACGAGGAGGAGCGUGAAAAGAAGUACAUGCUACCGCUGGACGGACUCAAGCUGCGGGAUCUGGAGCAAGGGUUCAUGUCCCGGCGGCACAUGUUCGCCCUCUUCAACCCCGAAGGCAGGAACGUUUACAAGGAUUACAAGCAGCUCGAGUUGUCCUGUGAGACACAAGACGACGUGGACUCGUGGAAGGCGUCUUUCCUCCGCGCCGGAGUCUACCCAGAGAAAACAUCUGAAGCCGCCAACGGUGACGAGAACUCGGAUACUUCAGGCACAAGUAGCAUGGACCCUCAGCUGGAGCGGCAGGUGGAGACCAUCAGGAACCUGGUGGACUCGUACAUGCGCAUCGUGACGAAGACGACGCGCGACCUCGUGCCCAAGACCAUCAUGAUGAUGAUCAUCAACAAUGCCAAAGACUUUAUUAACGGAGAGCUGCUAGCUCACCUUUACGCUUCUGGUGAUCAGUCUCAAAUGAUGGAAGAGUCUCCCGAGGAGGCCCUGAAGCGCGAGGAGAUGCUGCGCAUGUACCACGCGUGCAAGGAGGCGCUGCGGAUCAUCGGCGACGUGUCCAUGGCCACGGUGAGCACGCCCGUGCCGCCGCCCGUCAAGAACGACUGGCUCGAGAGCCGCCUCGACUCCAACCCGCGCCUGUCGCCGCCCUCGCCCGGCGGCCCGCGCCGCGCCGCGCCCGCGCAGCAGGGUGUGUUCCCGGCAGGCUCGCUGGGCAGCCGUGGCGCGCCGCCCCUCCCGGCGGGGGCCGGGCGGCCCGCUCCGCCACUGCCGUCGCGGCCGGGCGGCGGCGCGCCGGCCCCGCCGUCGGGCCGCCCCGCGCCGCAGCCCGGCUUGCCCGCACCGCUCGUGCCCACGUAA